ACCAACUAAAUAUUUUGGUAUAUUUUGUACCAGUGUUUUGUUUUUUUUAAUUUGCAGUGUUUAAAAAAAAUCACAUAUAUACUUUUGUAACCUGAUUUUUCACUUCUCAUAAUGUCAUGUGCAGUUUUAUGUCAUAAUUUUGUCUGCAUUCUAAUUUUCAUAAGCAUAAUUUAAUAGUUGUAUUUAUUCCUUCAGGUUAUAUAACAUUGGUUAUUUUUGCCAUCUCCUUAUUGAGGGACUGGUUAUUUCUAAUUUUUCAUUAUUAUAAAUAACACUGAGGCCAAUUUAUUUGUGCAUAAAAUUUUUCUCCUGCAUUUUAAAUUAUUGCCUUUAUCCUUUUACCCAGUGUUUUUGCUCCGUUCUUGACACCUUGACAUAGUUUCCACCACUUGUUACACAUGCAUUCUUUUCUCCAGGCUUUGCCCAGUGUCAGGGUCUGAGAGUUUCCAAGCUGUAUAUGAAAUUAACCUUCCUUUUAGACUCUCAAAGAUUAUGUUGUUACUAUCCCAACUCCAUCUUUGUAGUGCUGUUUCCCUUAGAGUUUCUGGUGUCUUUUCCAGCUAGCUGUCCUUAUUUGGAGCACUUUAAUCUAUCUGCAAUUUUCAAAUAACUAUGUGAAACUCAAAAGGGAAGGGUCACAAUUUACAUUUUUUUUUCUCCCUGGAGGCUUCUCAGUAGAUGCUUGUUUACCCACACUUUCUUCCCAGCCACUUUCAGGUCAAGCAUGUAGACAAAAAUAAUACAUUAAAAAAUUCUUUUACAUACCUUUUCCAUAACAUUGUAAUUUACUUGCUUUACAUCUAUAGAAUCAAAAGGGACCCCUGCAAAGAUUCAUUCUAGCAAGGGGAAACUUCUCUUCAUCAGAAAUCUUGCCAUGUGAUUGCCUACCAGUGGCCUCCCUUGAAUCUGUUCCUUCUCAGCUAACCCCCCAGUUGAUUCCUUGGUGAGCCAACCUAGGUUAGAAAUAAUAGGAAGAGGCGUUUGGGCCAGAUGCAGGUUUUCACAGAACUUGGUUGGCGGACGUGAAUUCUCUUUACAUCAUUAAGUAGGGGAAAGUCUGUGUGAAGCAGUCGCAGACCAUAGGGUAGGGUAGGGGGUGUCUUGGAUGGAAGGCGUCACAGCCAUCUGCGUUGUCAAUGUCCUGGUACGAGUGCCUGGCACCACAACAGGCGCUGGGGAUGGAGCGGGAAGGACCAAGACAGAAAAGUCAGCCUGGGAGGGACCGAGCACGGAGCUGGACAAAAGGAGAGCCAUCGACCCAACGCUUCUUCACGGAUUGCCGGCGAGCACGCGUGACAAGUAACAUCGUAUUUCAUUACAAGAUACGGCCGUAUCUUCUCCGCAUACUCGAGUUCCGCAGGGAGAUGGACUUUUUACCAUUUUAUCUUCUGUCUCUGGCGAUUUCGGCUCAGUCUCUCCGUCCCCGCGGCCUCUAUGGAGGCGGAACUACUGUGUCAGGUGUCUUGGUUUUCAGGAAGAAGUCGUGGUCGGAGUGACAAGAGGGCGGGCAGUAGGCGGGACUUCCGGCUCGCGGUUCCGUCCGCUGCCUUUCCCGGGCGUCUCCCCGCAACCUCCCCAACUUCCCUUGUCCGUGACGCGGCACCCAGGAGAAACCCGACGGGACUCGGGCCGGGGAAGCGUGAGCUGCAGUGUCUAGGACCCGUUAAAAGAAGAUGGAUGCACAGAAUUCAGCCAAGGUCAACACGAGGAAGAGGAGGAAAGAGGCACCUGGACCCAACGGAGCAACAGAGGAGGAUGGAAUUCCUUUAAAAAUGCCACGUUGUGCAAUUGGCUUACGGCAGCCAGCACCUUUUUCUGAUGAAAUUGAAGUAGACUUUAGUAAGCCCUAUGUCAGGGUAACUAUGGAAGAAGCCAGCAGAGGAACUCCUUGUGAACGGCCUGUGAGAGUUUAUGCAGAUGGAAUAUUUGACUUAUUUCAUUCUGGUCAUGCCCGGGCUCUUAUGCAAGCAAAGAACCUUUUCCCUAAUACAUACCUCAUUGUGGGAGUUUGCAGUGAUGAGCUAACCCACAACUUCAAAGGCUUCACAGUGAUGAAUGAAAACGAACGCUAUGAUGCAGUGCAGCACUGCCGCUAUGUGGAUGAGGUGGUGAGGAAUGCCCCCUGGACCCUGACUCCAGAGUUCCUGGCAGAACACCGGAUUGAUUUUGUAGCCCAUGAUGACAUCCCUUAUUCUUCUGCUGGGAGUGAUGAUGUUUAUAAGCACAUCAAAGAAGCAGGCAUGUUUGCUCCAACACAGAGGACAGAAGGUAUCUCCACAUCAGACAUCAUCACCCGAAUUGUCCGUGACUACGAUGUAUAUGCCAGACGGAACCUACAGAGGGGCUACACGGCCAAGGAGCUCAAUGUCAGCUUUAUCAAUGAGAAGAAAUACCACUUGCAGGAGCGAGUUGACAAAGUAAAGAAGAAAGUGAAAGAUGUGGAGGAAAAGUCAAAAGAAUUUGUUCAGAAGGUGGAAGAAAAAAGCAUUGACCUCAUUCAGAAGUGGGAGGAGAAAUCCCGAGAAUUCAUUGGAAGUUUCCUGGAAAUGUUUGGUCCAGAAGGAGCACUGAAACAUAUGCUGAAAGAGGGGAAAGGCCGGAUGCUGCAGGCCAUCAGUCCAAAGCAGAGUCCCAGCAGCAGCCCCACUCGUGAACGCUCCCCCUCUCCCUCUUUCCGGUGGCCCUUCUCUGGCAAGACUUCCCCGCUUUCCUCCCCAGCAGACCUCUCCAGGCACAAGGCUGCAGCCUACGAUAUCAGUGAGGAUGAAGAAGACGACUAAUUUUUCAUCUCUCCUUUCCUCUCCCCUCUCUCUGUCCCAUCACCUUCAGAAGCUCUCUGUUGAAUUCCAAAUUGUGACCCCAACACUAAACUUAAGGACAGCUACAAAGGAAAGACAACUGGGGUAAAAGGACCUAGGAUGGGGGGACCAGACAGCCUAUCCUCCAAGAGACGUCACCCAACCACACCAAGAAGGAGGCUGACUGCACCUUAGAAGCCUGUUCUGCAUUCAUAUACCCUCCCCGUGGACUUCACUUUACUGUUUAUGUUCAUGUGAUCUUGACAGGGAAAUUGUCAUUUUUAUUAAUUUUUUAAAAAUUAGUCUUUCAAAUGUAGUAAGUAGAACUAAUUUUUUGCCCCCAAGGAGCGGGCAGAAGGAAGUGGUAUAGUAACAAGAGGCCUUUUCUUCCUGAUUCAUUAUAGGGUUUGCCUUCCAUUCUGAGGCAAACUGUCUUGCCAAGUCCUUCAGGCAGUGAGCCAUGCUGCUGGGUGAUUUGGAGGGAGAUACCAUAACUUUGGUUUCCUUUUUUAAAAAAAAUAAGCUGAGUAACAGUCACAGAUCCCCUAAGUGUACUACUGGCACAUGUGUCAUUGUGGCUGUGGGAGGAAGGAGAUCUGAGCCUAACUUUUCUUACUCCCUGAGGAGUUUCUUGUUGAACCCAAUGGGGUCCAUGAAGACACUGAUGGGGCUGGAACCAGACCACGUGGCAUUAGCUGCUUUUCUUCUGCUAUGUUCAUCUUCUCAGAAAAUUCUGUUGCCCAGUUAUUUGGGAGCUCUUGUCAAUCUUUCUUGCAGUCUACCCUCCUAAAGGAAGGAACACUUUCAGGCUUACUCUCACUGAGGAGGGGAGUGGGACAGUACUCAAUCCUAUACAAAGUCAGUUCAGAUCAAUUUUCCUCCUGGGAGUGAGUCCCUGGCCCUGUUACUCCUAUUUUCAUACUUAUUACCUAGCUUUUUUUUACAAAGGAUACUUUGUAAAUGUCUGCAGUUUGAACAUGAUCUGUUAAUUCAUGUCACUAAUAGCCAUAUUGAAUAUUCAGAGAGAUCUGCAAAGAACAUAGGCACAAAAGCAUAAGGAAACACAUCCCUUUUUAAAGCUUUAUCUUGACCUUUUCCCCUCUUAAGAGUGUCCUCACUGGAGCCAGUGCUCCACGAGGUGUUUCUUUUCCUCUGGGAGUUGCCGCUGGCAGGGACUCCUGCCCACUGCCCCUUCAGCAAACCACCAAGCAAGGGCCCACACUACAAGAGUGUGGUAGGUUCCCUCCCUGUCCUUCUGCCUGGUUCCACCUCCUGUGUUAGGCUACCACUUAAAUUUUAAAUUUCACAUCAGAGAAUGCUGAAGUUUAUCACUUGCUGUUGAGCAUGAGCUCCUUUUAAACCUCUAGCAUCCUACAGUAUGUGACCUAGGAGAUCAUCAUCCAUCAGUAAUCCUGUCAUUGGGUUCAGGGUAAAAAAUGCUUAUGUCGAGGCCCCACCCCAUCACUCAUAAAUACCCCUUGUGGGGGUGGAGUUUUAGUGUUUUCAGCUAAGAAAACCACAUUUUAUCUUUUCUUGCCCCUCUGCUAGGGCUGUGAGCAUCUCAUAGUCCCCUCCCUAAACAUUUUCUGGUAAAACCUGUUCUGCCUGAGGGUCAGUGACUAGAAUCACUGCCUGCCUGCACAGCAGGGACUACCUAGAUUCUUAAAACUCAGAUUACCCAGAGAGGCAGAGCAGAGGGACAAAGAGGGGGAAACCUCUUGUUGUCCUGAUGGCCUAUGAAAACUCAUUUCUAACUCUUCACUUGAAGUGCUAUUUUUAUUAUCAAAUCUGGUUUACACAAGUUUUGGCUUGGAAUCCUAUUUGGGGAACAGUUAAAGUUAACGUUUUCCUAUGUUACCCAGCUUCAUGUGAUCAAAUGUUUUAACUUUUCUACUUCAGUCUUCCCUCUCUGGGAAUUCUGCCCACUUCUGUUGAUAGAAAAGCAGUGAAGUCACCACUGAAGUCACACUACCUGCUCCCUCAAAUAACACAUGCUCUCCAAGUGUAUUUGGAAAGGGAGGUGCCCAGAAUGUGGUUUUUCUCCCUGCAGUCACUCCUCUCAUGUAUACUGUCUGGGUCCCAGGUGUUUGGCCCUCCUCCUCUGCUCUGUGAUGGGCUGCUUUUGGCAUGUCCUGCCCUUGGAAUAUGACCUCUGGGCUGACAAGCUCUGUGAGACUGCUGCCGCCAGCAUAUGCACAUGUUCUUGGAAAACUCUCUCACUCCUUUGGGUGAGCCUCUGUGGCCUUAGUCUUCUAACAUUGGUUUAUCUUCAUAUUAUUUUGACUGAAAGCAAAAAAUGUUAUGAUGUGGCAUGCUAGAUACUUUGGGAUAAAUAUGACCCUAGGUGCUGGAUGGGGGGCGUUUGUGGAGAAAGCUGUUGGGAUAAUGCAUUAUUUGAUCACUUGUGCCUAAUUAAAUAAGGUUCGAGGUUCGAAUUCCACAACUGUGUAUGUGAUCUGUAAAUCUUUAAGUAUUAUUGUUAAUAUUGCCCUCUAAUACUAAUUUUAAAAUUAAUUAGCUGUUUCCCUGAGUCCCACACAUGAAGCAGCCAGCCUGAAUAGGCCAAAUGUGGCAGAAAUGGGAGAGCCUUAAAAGUUGGUUGGCCUCAGAGCCUCUGUGUGCAAGACAGAAGGAGAGUGGAGACAGAAGCCCUGUAGCUGGUGCUGAGGAGGUGCCGUUUCAGCAGUUACCUUGAGACGGGCUGGGCAGAGACUUUGCUCUUUUCAUACACUAGACUCAGUAACACUGAAGGAUAGAGGUUGAAAUUUUAGAGGAAUAGAAAUGGAUCAUUUGUACUGCCGCAGCUGCUUCUGAUAGCUAGAGCCAAAGGCCAUUAUUUUGCCGAGGCUUGGGUAAGAAGGUUGGGGGUGUGAGGAGGUUGAAAAUCUUGAAUGGAGGAAAAAAUUUGAGGGAAGUCAAGAGAACUUUUGACCUUUUCUCAUCACUGAUAACUUCUUAGGCAGCAUCUGAAGUACAUUUUUCUCACUUGUGACCACACAGCUGUCCAGGCAGUCUUUGGAUAUUCCCUCUGCAAUGGUUCUUCACAGUGCUUUUUAGUCUCUUUCUUAUUUGUCGGUAGCUUUUGUGUUUCUGGAGCUCAUUGCUUUGUUAAUCUUGUUUCAGACCCUUUAUCUGAAGUCUUUCCAAAUCAAUUAUAGUUUGCAGCUUUUGUUUAAUUCCCUAAAAGCCAUAUCUUCUGCAUUUUCUGCCAGCACACACUUUCAUCAGAAGUUGAACCAGUACAGGUAGGAAAAAAAAGCUCCCUUAACAAUGUUUUUAUCUAAUGGUAUUUUUUUUAAGCUUACCAAUGUAAGUAUUUUUAAAGUUAUAUUUUUCAAAGUCAUGCAACAAUUGUUCUUGUUUUCUCUUGUAGAAUAGGUUGUCAUGGGAUAAAUAGUGGUCCCUAGUUUUUAUUUUUCCACACAGUAAAAUAUGUUCUUGGGAUUAUACUAUUAAAAGUUAAUUUUCUUUAAAAGAAAGGAGAAAGAUACUCUGUCUGCCAAAGCGUAAUGUUAGUACUCAGAUUGGGGUAGAAAACAAAAGUGCUUGGUUUAACAUUAGGAUGACUCCAGUUGUGUUUUUUCAGGUUUCAAGUGGGCUUUCCCACCCUUCUUAGGGAGGCACUGACUGUUUUGAACAGAGACUUGAUUGGUUGGGAUUGUUUUGUAUUGAGGAUCCUGAAAAGAGUGUUGGAAAGAAAUGCUGCCCUUGGCGUGAAUGUUGGCCCCAUCGCCAGUGCCGGUGUCCACAAGGACGUUUUCCUCAAUCGGUGUUCAGUAUAUUGUUUUCCUGUCUGAGUGUUAUUAAUUUGUUCAGUUAUUUUGGCUUUUGUCAUCAGCCAAAUAAAGAUAAAGUGGUUUUACCUAA